CCGGAUUAUGCUAUUCGUUCAAAAGAAGAUUUGUUAAACUUGCUAAAAGAUAGAAGGGAUCAACCUGGUGUGUCUCGAGGAAUGCCAUUUAAAGAGUUGGAUGAUUGUAUUGAUCUAACAAAUGCCAUUGGGGAAUUAGAAAAGGAAGGUAAGAUUAUGGUGAUACGCCUUAUGAAGGAUAACUCACCACGACUAUUAUAUUGGAACGAUCAACGGUAUAUUACUGAAAUGGACAAAGAGUUUGUUGAUAUGUUUCACAGCGUCAAAGUACCUGAUGAAAGCGAUUUGAAGAAAUCACUUGAAGAUGCUGGGUUACAAACAAUGUCUGUGUUGGAAAAUAAGACUAGAACGGAGGAUAAACCUAAACAGAAAAAAAGAAAACAGACAAAUAGAAAGAUUAAAAUCACAAAUACACAUUUGGAAAAUUUCCACAUGCCAACCAAACUAUAA